CAUAAUAAUCAAAUAUUUUUCUUCUUCACCUUUCAUCAUCAUCAGUUUUGGUCUUCUUCUUCUUGAGCCUUUUUCUCUCCGGUGACGAAGGUGGGAACGGGAGAGCCAAUUACCAUCGACGUGCUUGUUUUGCCUUUUCUUCGGGUGCAUUUCGGCCAAGUCUACAAAAGCCCAUUUAUAUCAUAUCAGGAUAAACCCAGAAUUAGUGGGCCUAAAUUCAAUAUAAAUCACUAAUAUACCAUUUUACUCGAUUUGUGUGGACAGUAGUAUUUUCAAAACCAUCAAGAAGACAAAGGUAAUAAUAAAACUGCCGCUCACUUCUUCUUCACGUCUUUUCGCUCUCUCAUGAUCGCAAUCACCAUUGUUUCACCAUCUUCAUUUUCCCCAUAAGUUUCAGAGUUCCAUCUCCACUGAAGAUCAUUAACUGUUUUGUUGAUUGGUCCUUCUCUCUCUCUUUUUCGUAAUUUUUUUGAUAAAUGACAAGGCUGCAUGAUAUUUCUUUUUCCUUUGCGUCAAAUAAAUAUUUUUUUUCCUUUUACAUGCAUCAAGUUGGGGACUAUUACUCGAAACGGUAUACUGCCAUGGUUACCGCUAAGAAUAAGGGUUCUGGUCGGAAUCAAAUCAAGAAAGGGUUUAGAAAUUUUUUGAAGCAGAUGGAGGGGUCGGAGAAAUUCAAAUCACCGGAUAGAUUGAAUAAGAGGAAGCAUAUCUUCAUAAAGCGCAAUAUAUACCUGAAGAAGAAAUUUAAAAAGACGAUUAAAGAGCAUGGCAUAUUCUGUGCUUGCACUUCAUCUACUGGCUCUUCAACUCUCUGUGGAGAAGGUUGCCAGUGUGGGUUGUUGCUUUCAAGCUGUUCAUCUAUUUGCACGUGCAGAUGUGAGUGCACCAACAAACCGUUCCAACAAAGACAUAUCAAGAAAAUGAAAUUAGUUCAGACAGAGAAGUGUGGAUAUGGGAUUGUAGCAGAUGAAGAUAUCGAAUCAGGAGAGUUUAUAGUCGAAUAUGUUGGGGAAGUUAUCGACGAUGAGAUUUGUGAAGAAAGGUUUUGGAAGCUGAAGCAUAAGGUGGAGACAAACUUCUACAUGUGUCAGAUAGACAACAGUUUGGUGAUUGAUGCUACUUACAAGGGGAACAAAUCAAGAUAUUUCAAUCACAGCUGCGACCCUAAUACAGUGCUGCAGAAAUGGAUAAUUGAUGGAGAGACAAGACUCGGCAUAUUUGCUACCCGUAAUAUAAACAAAGGAGAGCACCUGACUUAUGAUUACCAGUUUGUUGCGUUUGGUUCAGAUCAAGAUUGUCAUUGUGGUGCCGUAUGUUGCAAGAAAAAGCUUGGUGCAAAAGCUAGCAAAACUAAUAACAUACCCUCGGAUGAAGAUGUGAACCUAACGGCGUGUAAAGUAGUGACCCGUAAACGGCGCAAGGUUAAAAAAACUCGAGGUAAAGACCCCGCGGGUUAGUGUUAGUUAUUCAGUCUCGGUUCUCGACAAGCUUCUCAAUUCAGAGGUAAGGAAAAACAAUUUGGAUGCGAAGACAAUCUUGGAACAAACCUGAUGUGGUUAUCAUUUUGGCACGUCCUACGUACCAGAGGUCAUGUACGAGGAUGGUGUUACCGAGAACAUUGACAUGUCCAGAGAAGUUUGGAAGUUCAUAACUGUUUGAUAUUUGCUUCAAGAUGCUUUCUGGUUCCAUUCUUUACCUUUUUUUACUUUAUCUUGAAUUGUUGAGUUUGUCGUUAACCGGGCUGUAUUCGCUAUAAUAACCAACCAAACAUGGGUUGGCAGAGGAU